CUUUUUGUGUCCAUACUAGCGUUAAUUUACAAGACAAGCAAUUUUAAUGUUAUGGUUUACUAUCACUCAGUUACGUCAGUAUCAUAAUCAUAAUAGAUCUUGUUGAAGUAAUCCAGUGUGACUUAUUGAAGAUGUCGGAUGGAUUAGUAAAUAACUGAACAAUAAAUGAAACAGCGACAUUGAAUAAAAGAAGUGUCCGAGAGACUACAUAUUAAAAUGAUGUGCUGAGCCUGCAGUCGAGCCACUAGAAUAAAUCAUUAAAUAUUAAUGAUUAGCAUACUGUGACCAUCUGUAACUUGUAAGUGAGCAAUUAAGAGUGCUGUGAUAGUUUCAAACUGUGAUAAAAACCCAAAUUUACAUAUUGAAGUUGAGGAUUUGAGUUUACAAUAGGCUACAGACAGUAUGCAUAAAUUAAUAGGGAUAUUUUUGUGUUUGUUUUUAAGUGUAGUCGAUAUAAUCACAACAACUUUAAUCUUUGCUCACAAGUUAGAUUUUAGACAUGAAUUCCUGUAUGGUUUCUAUAGCUACAGGUUCCAGGAAUCAAUGGUUGAUGUAUGGUGCCUGUGUUUACUGAGAUUCUGUAUUUCAGUAGGAGGAAUUCUGUCUGUUGUAUUUAAUAUUCAAGAUUCCGUACCACGGAUAAAAAUUGGUGCUAAUUAUGUUUAUUUAAUCUCACUACUGUUCUGUAUGUGUAUUAUUAUAAAACUGCUAGGAUUAGCUGAUGACAAAGCUAAUUUGCAUAAUGGGUGGAUGUGGGGGUUACUCGGAUUCUCUAUAUGUGCGUCUAUUAGUUUAUCAAUACAAUGGCAUAUAAUGUCAAAAAUAUCAUUUACUCCUCUCGUCCUCUCGAUAAACUCUGAUGAAGCUGAACCUUUAUUGGUAGACAGAACAGACAGUAAACAGAAGGAUGAGGACAGUGAGGAAAAGAUUGAUCGUUCCAGUGUGUUUCGUUUGUUUUCAUUUUCUAAACCUGACUGGAUGUACAUAUCAUGUGCUUUCACAUUUCUGUUGAUUUCAUCAACUGGUAAAAUAUUUUUACCAUAUUAUACCGGUGAAGUUAUUAAUGGAAUUGCGAUAGAAAAAUCUAAGUCUAAAUUUACAGAUGCUUUAAUAACGAUGUCUCUAAUAUCAAUAGCCAGUGCUGUAGCAUCGGGUCUAAGAGGAGGGUUUUUUAGUACAGCUAUGGCUCGAUUAAGUAACCGAAUCAGAAAUUUACUUUUUUCAUCUAUUUUAAAACAAGAAAUAGGAUUUUUUGAUACCAUUAGGACAGGUGAUGUAGUUUCACGUCUAACAUCAGAUACAGCUACUAUGAGUGAUACACUUUCUUUAAACAUGAAUGUCUUUUUGAGAAGUUUUAUUACAGCUAUUGGUGUGAUUGUGUUUAUGUUUAGGAUAUCAUGGAGAAUGUCGCUAGUAACAUUUGCCGGGCUACCAAUAAUAUUUGUUGUAUCUAAAAUUUACGGAAAUUAUUAUGAAAAAUUAUCUGAGCAAGUGCAAGACAGUUUAGCGAAAGCUAAUAAUGUAGCUGAAGAGGCAUGUUCCACAAUGAGAACUGUUCGUAGUUUUGCUAAUGAGUUGGGUGAAAUAGCUCGGUAUUAUAAAGCGUUAAUGGUUACCUAUAAGUUAGAUGUAAAGUUAGCUAUGAUCUAUGGUGGUUAUAGUAUAUGUAACCAGUUAUUUGAGUUAGCGUUAACAGUUAGUACAUUGUAUUAUGGUGGACAUCUGGUAAUAAAAGGACAAUUGUCAGGAGGAAAUCUUGUAUCAUUUAUAUUAUAUCAAAUACAACUAGGUGAUAGUUUAGACGAUAUGGCUGAUGUGUAUACAGGUUUAAUGCAAUCAUUAGGGGCUUCACAUAAAGUAUUUCAAUAUAUAGAUAGAAUACCUAAUAUUAAUCUUACUGAUGGUGGUUAUAAGCCUCUAACAUUAGAUGGAAAAAUAGAAUUUAAAGAUGUCAGCUUUUCCUAUCCUAGUAGAGCUGAUUGUAAAGUUUUAAAGAAUGUAUCAUUUACUGUAGAACCAGGAGAAGUUGUAGCUCUAGUGGGACCAAGUGGUGGGGGUAAAUCAUCUAUAGUUAAUCUACUUCAACAUUUUUAUGAACCACAAUCAGGAGAAGUGUUACUGGAUGGAGUUAAAUUAAAUGAUUAUAGUCAUGAUUAUUUACAUAGAAAGCUUGCCAUGGUAGGUCAGGAACCAGUUUUAUAUGCCAGAACAAUAGGAGAAAACAUAGCAUACGGGUUAGAAGAUGAAUUCACGCAAAAUGACAUAGAGCAUGCAGCCAUAUUAGCCAAUGCCCAUGAUUUUAUAUCAAAAAUGACAAAAACCUAUGAAACAGAGACUGGAGAAAAGGGACUACAGAUAUCCGGAGGUCAAAAACAACGAAUAGCCAUAGCUUGAGCGUUAAUACGCAAUCCUGUAGUUUUAGUUUUAGAUGAAGCAACAAGUGCUCUUGAUUCAGAAUCAGAACAUGUGGUACAACAAGCUAUUUAUGAUAAUGUUAAAGGACGGACUGUUAUAAUUAUAGCUCAUCGUCUGAGUACAGUAGAGGCAGCCAAUAGAAUCUUAGUUAUAAAUCAUGGGGAAGUUGUAGAACAAGGUCGUCACCAGGAAUUAUUACAUCGUGGUGGAAUGUAUGCAAAUCUUGUUAAAAGACAAUUAAACACAAUAACUGAUGUUCAAAUAAACAACACCCCACAAAUUGUGGUACCAGAAGUGAAAACCAAAUAUGGAAGUACUGAAUCACAUAAAUCUUUAUCCAAAUAUGGAAGUGUUGAAUCACAUAAAUCUUUAUCCAAAUAUGAAAGUUUUUAAUCACAUAAAUCUUUAUUUAUAUAUAAAUACAUGAUUAUAUUUUGUUGAAAUAUAUGUGUCAUGGUUUGAUUUGCCACCUUAUAAUUGAAUGUUGAAAUGUAUGUGUUCUCUGAGGAGAAUCUUUGUAUUGUUUCUUAAAACAUAAGUGAGAGUUACAUAUAUAUAAAUCAAACAUUUUAGUAUAAAAGUGUGUUCGCCUGUCAUCUUAUCAACUUUACAUCUAAUAAUAUGUCUUGUUCAGGUAGAUGUUCUUAUUAUCUCACGCUGAACGAAGAUAUUCAUGUUUUCUUCCCUAGAAAAUAUUAAUGUCAAGUCAUAUAGAGUAUGGUAAUGACACUAUCUAGCACAUCACGAUUUUAUUUUUAUACGCCCACAUUUUCAUGUAUAUUGUCACAAUUCUUAUCCGAUUUUGACGAAACUUGAAAUAUAGGUUUAUUUUCAAAAGAUCUCAAUUUUGUUUUGAUAUUGGCAUGUAUCGGAUCGAAACUUCAUGGAUUAUGGCCCCUGUUUGUACCGUUACACCAUAAUGACGGUUGAGUUUGAAUUUUGUGAAAAUUGGACCAAAACUGCCGGACAAAAUGGCCGCCCCUCGUAUGCAAAUAGUGUAAAAAUAUGGUAUAUCAAAGUUGUGGAUCCUCUAGAGGCCACAAUUUUGAUCCGCUUUUGAUGAAACUUUAAAUUUAUGUUUAAAUCACAAAGACCUUGGUUUCUUUCGAUAAUCGCCUAUAUCCGAACAUAACUUCCUGGAUUUUGGCUUGUGGUCCAGCUAGAAGUCACAAUUUGUAUUCAAUUUUAAAAAACGUUUAAAUAUAUCAACGUUACACAUCAGUAAAGGUUGAGUUCAAAUUUCAUAAAAAUCUCACCGAAAUUACCAGACAAAAUAGUCGCUCCUUGUACAUACAUAGUGUAAAAGUAUGUAAUACCAAGAUUGUGGACACUCUAGAAGUCACAAUUUUUAUCCGAUUUUGAUGAAACUUGCAAUGUAUGUUUAUAAUCCAAAGAGCUUGGUUUCUUUCGAUAUUUGCACAGAUCAGACCGUAGCUUCCUGGCUUAUGGCCCCUAAUUGUACGAAAAAUCACAUUUUUAGCUCUUGUGGACCCUCUAGAGGUCACAAUUUUUAUCCGAUUUUAAAAAAAUGUUUAAAUGUAUCACUGUUACACCCUAUGUAUGUAAUACGAAGGUUGUGGACCCUAUAGAGGUCACAACUUUAGUCCAAUUCUGAUAAAACUUAAAAUAUAUAUUUAUAUCCCAAAGAUCUCAAUCCCUUUUGAUAUUCACGCAUUUCAGGCAAUAACUUAGCUUGUUUUCUAUCCAUCUCUUGCUAAAUGUGGGCGUAUCUUGCCUGGCAACCGUUGUUUUUUUUUUUUUAAGCAGAACUAGAAAGUAUGUUGGUCAGAGAGGAAUAUAUAUCAUGUUAUUUUAUGAGUUAUUUAGUCAUUUUAUUUGGUGUUUUAGAAUUAAAUGUACAAUUCAAUGCCAACAUUUUCGUUUUUCAAAUUGUUAGACUAUACACCUCUAUAUACUGGUAAUGUGAUAUGAAUGUACUUAUGAAUAGAUUUUAUUUUACAAACCAUGCAGUUAAUCGAAUAAUAGCAAGAGCAAAUAAAUAAUUGCCAUUGA